CAUUUGAGUUGAGGCCGUUCAGGGGUUAUGUUAUUGUGGAAUGGAACAAAAUAUGUAAAAUAUUCAAUAUCAUUAUGUGAAAUAAGAAAAGUUUUUCAUAACUAAAUAAGUUGAUGGAAAAUGUGAUGAUCUAAAUGAAUCAUUCCGAAACAUUAACAGGCUAUUCCAAGAGCCGUUUGCACCUCUUGAAAGAACCUCCUUUAUUUUUUGUAAUGAUGAGACUCAAUGUCAAAGUAGCACUAAUAUUUUUACUAUCUGUUGGUAUACUUAGUAUAUUAGUGCUGUACUCUGUUUGUGGAAAUACAGAACAAGAAUGGCAAAAAUUCAACAAAGCCAGCACCAAAACUUUCGACCUACAAGUUACCGAAGAAAUAGAUUGUGAUAUUAAUGGAGAAUACAUAAUAACAUGCAGGAAGGAAGGAGACGAAGUUUACAUUCCAUUUUCAUUUCUUCAUAGAUAUUUUGAAGUCUAUGGAAAAUUGGCUACAUAUGAUGGCUUAGAGAGAUUUGAAUGGUCACAUAGUUACAGCAAAGUAUAUCAUCCCAAAGCUAAAUAUGACCCUCGUGGGGUGUUUAUGUAUUUUGAGAACUACAAUGUUGAAGUGAGAGAUAGAGUUAGGUGUGUCAGUGCCAUUGAAGGAGUUCCAGUCUCAACUCAGUGGGAUAGCCAGGGGUACUACUACCCCACCCAAAUCGCCCAGUUUGGUCUGUCUCACUAUAGUAAAAACUUGACGGAGCCAGAACCUCGAAGAAAAAUUAUUGAAGACUGUGAAAAUGAUAUCAAAUGGAUUGUGCCAGCAACUGCAAAACUAGAGAAAGUAUUCGACAAUGCAUUGGGAAGUAAUAUUUUAAAAUUCACAACUACUGAAGAGUAUACUGAUGGAAUUGGACUUUCAAUGGAUCAUGUUUUGUAUUUUGUUAUUAGUCUUGACAUCAUCUUGACUGGUAAUAGUAGUCUAUGUGUUAUCUUGCAGAAUAGAGAAACAAAGGAAAUAUAUAAUCUACAUUAUAUAACAUCUGAUAUUUGGAUUACAGUACAGGAUAAUAAUAUCUACCAUGGUAUUGGAACAUCUCAAGAAUGGAAAAAACUUACUAGAGAUCUUAUUGUAGAUCUUCAAAAAGGUAUGACUUACCUUGAUAAAGAUAAAUCAAAACACAAGGUUUUACGCUCAAAAAUUAAAGUUGUGAAUAUUACUUUGAGAGGUUCUGGGUCCAUAGAUAACUUAACUCUUUCAUCUUCUGAACAUAUUCAACAAUUUUAUGAUGCUGCUAACUGGUUCUUGAAAUACCAGGAUACAGGAACGGGAGGCUGGCCAAUACCGGUAAGGAGGAAGUUGGCAAAUAGUUUUCAUGAUUUGCAGCCAGGUUGGUAUUCUUCGAUGGGUCAAGGCCAUGCAAUUUCCGUCCUCUCUCGGGCAUACUAUCAUUCUGGAGGUGACAUCCGCUACCUCAAUGCAGCUUUGAAAGGCCUGAAACCUUUUCGAGUUCCCAGCUCCAAAGGAGGUGUUAGAGCUACUUUUGUUAAUAAAUACCACUGGUAUGAAGAGUAUCCUACAAAGCCAGCGUCAUUCGUUCUAAAUGGAUUCAUUUAUUCCUUGCUGGGUCUUUACGAUCUGAUAGCUAUAGCCCCUCCAGGACAGGCCCAGGAAGCAGAGUUUUUGUACAAUGAGGGGAUGGCAUCAUUACGGAAUAUGCUGAUGUUGUUCGAUAUGGGAAGUGUUACAUCUUAUGAUCUGAGACACUUCACUAUUGGCACAUCUCCCAAUCUUGCUAGGUGGGACUAUCAUGCUACUCACAUUAAUCAGCUGUUACUUCUUGGUACUAUUACCAAUGAACAAUUAUUCAAAGUAACAGCAGAACGGUGGAUUGGAUAUAUGAAUGGAAAAAGAGCAGAUCAUAAUUGAGAUAAUGACUCCUACUCCUCAGCUUGGACUCAUUUACUGCUGUUAUGGAAUGAGUCAGGAAAUUUGUAAAAAUUUCACUGUCCUCUGUGAUAAUCCACCAUAAUGCUUGUGAAGCAGAUAUUGCGAAAAAGAUUGUCAGGUGGUUGAAUCAGAGCUCCAUGCUGGUUGAAAAACUACUUCAAUGCAUCAGUUGUCAUUCAACGUCAGUGUGGUAUUCGAGUGUUUUUUUUUUAUUUGAGAGAAGAUAAUUGGAUAAUUCAAGCGAUUAUCAACUUAUGAUUUUUGAAAUAGUUGAGAAGUUUGAACUAAGUUAUUCUAUUUUUUCACUUAGUCAUUUGAUUUUCAGAUUUGAAAUGAUAAGGUUUUUCCUCCAUAAUGAAUAUUUAAUAAAAUAUGUAUUUGCAUUUUUAAAUUCGAAAGUUAUAGACCACAUUACUGGUUUUUGAAGUCCUUUCGUGUCUGAAAAAUACUGGUAGAACCAAAUUAGUGAUGGAAUAUAAUAUAAAUGAGUCAGACAUUUGAUCUAUUCAAUGAAUUACUGUUCCUAAUUAUGGAGUUGGUAUUUAUGUAUAUGGCCUCUAACAAAUAAAAACAUGAAAAGCAAUAUCCACCACAUAAUUGUAAGUAUCUCACACAAAAAGGUAACACCUUGUUUGUGCUUUACUCACAAUUAUAGGCAGAUUCACAAAUUUGAAUUCAAUCGGCAUACUGCUGUUUCGUAUUGUAUUGCAAUAUAAAUUUGUAUAAUUGAAGAGAACUGGCCGAUACUUGAUGAAAAUCCAUAUUAAAAUUAAUUCAUACAAUUUAUUGUAUGAAUUACAUGUCGCGGUUUUUGUAAACCCCUUUUAUACUAAAAAUCAUACAGGAAACUGUAUUAAUUAGUUUUAUUUAAUAAAUUUAUAUUCUAGCAGCAUGACUAUGACAACGUGUCAAUUAGUAUAUUGUAUAAAAUUGUGAAACAUAUAUUUUCAUGAUUCCUGAAGAUCAAUACAGGUCAGCCACAGCACAUUUGUGGCCUUGGUAAAAAAUGCCUUCUGUUUACAAGGCUACGUCUAACGAUACCUACCUGCGUGACAUCCAACCUUUACCUUGAAAUAGAAAACCAAUUCCUCAUUCAAAUACAUAUUUUAUCAACUUGAAUUCUAUAUGGAAGCAAACUGGUUUCUUAACUUUUCAUAAAAAAUCGAAUAAAUUGUGUGAAAUAUCUACUAGGGUACUGUUUUCUUCAACAGUUCUUCCAGCACAAGAGUAUUCAACCUUCUCAUAACGAAACUAAUGUAUUUCUGUUUUUUUUUUCAAAAGGACCAAACAAAUUGAAAAUUUUAUUAUGAUACAUUAUUGUAGUGUAAACUUGUAAAAUAACUGGAAGUCAAUAAGGGUGAUAUAACCUUGAUUUAGUUGAAGGUCAGUUUCUUCAUUAUAGAUGAAAUAUGACUAACACAAAAAUUUGAAAAAUUGAAAUAAAUGAACCUAAGACAAAUGAAGUUUAUCUUGCCCUCGAUUAGUAUACAAUCGGCCUUAAUUUUGUGAUUAUGUUAUCGGAUUUACUUGUUUUUGAAUAUGUAUUAUUGUUAAAAGUCCUACCUUCGAUUUUAUUUCAAAGUACUAGUUAGGUAGGCCACCUAUCGGUUUUCUGGGUGUAAAAAGGUUUUUUGAUUGAAUUUUAUGAAAGUAUAUUAAGUGUAAAUAAUAUAUAUUAGUAAUUGCAAUCAUAGGAUAAAGUAUUAGAAAAGUAUCUGUUGGUAUCUAAUUAAAACCUGAACAAAAAAUCCACCAAGAGUUCAUGAGGUCUGCUUAUCUAUUUUAAAACAUAUCAUUAAGAGUUGGUGAUUAGUAAAAGUUCAUUAACUCUUGCGGGAUUCAGUUCAGUGGUAGUUGGUAAAAUAAUACAUUGAAAUGCAAUCUAUCUAUCUCAAGAGCUUAUUAGAGUAACAAAGUACCUUGCUAUACAAUAGGUUGCUUUAAUCUUCCAAAUAAUUUGCCCAUAUGUGUUCCUUCCUUCCAACAAAACUCUUAUUAAAUUGUUUCAUUUUCUGACAUGGCAAUCUUUAUAAAAGACAAAAUGUAACAGUAUAUGACAUUUUACGAAUAAGUGCAGCUAAUACCAGCAUGUUCUGGUAAGGGGCGGCUCUUGGUACAUUUUUGCAUAGUAACAAAUAUUUUCAUAAUUUCAUUGUAAUUAAUAUAAUUUGAUAUCAUAAAAAAUGAGUAAAGAUCACAUUUUACAUAACCGACAAAAAUAAGUUUUCAAAAGUACAGAUUAAAAAAAAAAAAAGUAUGUAAAUGAUUUAUAAAUUAUAAUCUGUAAUAUAUUAUUCAAACAAAAAUUAUAAGGCUUUCAAAAGAGUACGAUGACUUAUUUGAAAUGCCCUACGUAAUAUUUGAAACAGGGUUGUUUUUAAAACUUAAUUUUCAACUUGUUUUUGAUCAGUGGGUGAAUAGUAAUCUGAAAGAUUUGUGAAAUUCCAUUAUUAGGAGAAAAGGGAAAGACAUUGCAAACUAAGUUUGAUUUAGUUAGUCGUUUAAGCUGAGUAUGAGAAAUAUAUUUAUUUAGCCAUUCCUUAUAGUUUUGGAUGAUUCUCUAUUGAUAAUUAUUAUUCCUCGAAUAUUAACAAAACCCCCGUCCCUUUUGAACGUUGUGCAGUAAAAUGGAGAAGAUAGUUACAUACUGCUUUCCCAUUUUGCUGAAUUGUGAUAUUUUAUUAUAUAACCUCACUUAAUUUUUUAUCAAACGUUAUAAAAAUUGUUAUUGUAUAUAGUGCUAUUUAUUUGAGGCAAUCUAUUAACAGUGGUUGUACUUAGUUUUUAUAUGAAUAUGAUUAGUUCUUUUGGAUAUUUUCAAAUCUGAAUGGAAAUUUACUUAUUUAUAUUUUAUUGAAUUGUUUAACAUAUUAACUUGUACUUUGUCAAUCUUUGGAUACAAAAAUAAGUGACUGUGACAAUAAUCAUAGGAAAAUAUACUAUAAUAUUAACA